CUGUUGUUGGAGAAUCUUUCACAUAACUACAGUGUCGUAUCCUUUUUUUCUUAAUAAAAUAUUUACUCGCGUUUUCUUAUUAUUUACUUGUGUACACAGUGUAUUAAAUAUUUAUUCAAAUUGUAGCGAUCUCAUACAUUUUCAUAUGAAUAUGAACUCUCAAGUCUUGUAAUUUCAAUUCUAUUUACUUGAACAAUAUGCUCCAGAGAAUAAUUGUAUUCUAGGCCUAUAUAUGAUAUCUGAUUAUUCCGGUGAAUAACGUGUAGUUAACUUAGUUGUUGAUAUUGAUUCUCCAUCCUUCCGAGCCUCCAAACUUUAAAAACUUGUGAACUCUUGAAAUGUUUGUGGAAACAUGAACAUAUAAAGUGCUACCAAAGAAACUGAUAAAUUGUUUUCUUAUAAUAAAGAUAUGAAACUUUCAAUCUAAAAAAGAAAGAUAUUAUUUUGUUCAUCUGAAUAGAAUGGGUACUCAAUUGAACCAAUCAAUUGAAUACAAAACUUCAAUAUGUAGUGCUGCUACCCUUCAGUCGGAUAGGAAGGGCUUUUUCAUGACAUUUGCUGAAAAUGUUGCUGAAACCGCUGGAAAAGACUGGAUUGAAAAGUUUGGAAAGCUUAAAUUGGACGAAGAAAGGAUAAAAUAUGUCUUCAAUGAUGAAAAGAUUUAUGAAGCGGUUCACAGUCGACUGCAGAAUGUGCAGCCGCUGAGUCGAGGCAAAAGUGCUCAAAUAGCUUUGUCACGGCGCAGUGAGGCUCACAGAGCAAUCAAGCUCAAACAAUGGGACAGGGCUGUCAUGAUUCUCUCACAAAGCAUUAUCAGGGCACCAGCCACAGGAACUGAUAAUUCGAUUGACAAUGGCUUGAGUCUAGCUUAUGCGUUGUGGGAUCGAUCGGGAGUCCUUCUAGAGCAAACCAAGUUUGAGCUAGCGUUGUCCGAUGUUCGGUUCGCUUUAAAGGAAAAACUUCCCGAUUCUUAUAGGCCGGAAGCGUACUGGCGUAUGUCGAAAUGCUACAACGGCAUGGGAAGCCCCAAGCAGGCUAUGGUUUGUCUGAAUUUAGUUUCCAAGCUCACUACCAAUGACACUAAAUGGAAAGAUCUCUUACGAAACGAAAUGGAUAAGGCAAAAAAGCUACAAUUACAAGCUGAAGAUGAUGAAUCAAAUGUUGAAAAAACUAUCACAGUUAUUGAUUUGCCACCGCUAUUGGAUAGCGAGAAUAGCAGACUUCCCUGCUUAUCCAGUUUUGUUGGCCUCAACAGCUCAAAAGAAGAGGGCCGUUUUAUAGUGGCCAAACAACCUCUCAAGAGUGGUGAUGUGAUUGCUGUUGAAAAACCAUUCAUAGCAGCUUUGAUUCCUGACAAGUACAGCUCACAUUGUCUUCACUGUUUCAGAAGGAUUGUUGCAGUAGUACCUUGUCGCGCUUGUAGUGGAGUCGGAUUCUGUAGCGAAGAGUGUCGAGACGUUGCCAGCAAAUCGUACCAUCGCUACGAGUGUGCCUAUGUCGACCUGCUACUAGGCAGCGGCAUGAGUGUGCUCUGCUACAUAUCGCUCAGAAUUUUCACACGAGCAGCACUCAAAGACUUCCUAUCACUCAAGUCAAAACUGGGCACUGACGACGAUUCUCAUCCUUAUCUCAGGUUCUAUAAACUGGUGAAACACGAUUUGUACAGGACAGCAGCUGACUACCUCAACCGAACUCUGAUGUCUCUUUUCCUUCUUCGGGUUCUUCAGAGCAGUGGCUAUUUUGGACAAAAGUUCGAUCCUGAAAGAUUGUCGGCUGACGAAUUGUAUGUGGGCACAUUGAUGCUGCACCAAUUGGAGUUGUUGCAGUUUAACGCACAUGAGAUCUACGAGACUGUGAUGAAAGCGCCACUCGAAUUCAAGAGCAUGAAACUGAACUAUGCCGCAGUUGGUGUGUUCAUAAGUGCUGCUAUGUUCAAUCAUGAUUGCUAUCCUGCACUUGCUAGGUACUUCAAUGGACAAACAAUUGUUCUGCAAUGUACACGUCCAAUCCUAGCGGGCGAACCAGUCACGGAGAACUAUGGGCCAAUUUACACGAAAAAAGACUUGACAGAAAGGCAGCAGUCUCUCCAGUCUCGCUACUGGUUCCAAUGCAACUGUACAGCUUGCAAACAAGACUGGCCAGUUUACGAGAAAUCCGAUAUUAAUCUAUAUAAUAUCAGAUGUUCCACAGAAAAUUGUGAAGGAUGCUUAGAGGCAUCGCUGGAAGUCCUGCCCAAAAUCAAGGAGCGAGAACUAUUGAAAGACAUACCCUGUCCUGCAUGCCACAAAUCCAACAAUAUCCUUGAAAAGCUCAUUCUUAUCCACUCCUAUGAAGAGGACCAUUUUAAUGCGAUGGAAGCGAUGAACGCGGGGAAUUUGAACAAAGCCAUUGAAUUGCUCUGUCAAUACUCUGAUGAUAUGCACAAAAUUUGCCAGCCUCCAAAUAAGAACAUUUCUCUGAGCCAAGAAGCACUACGCACCUGUUGGGCGGCAUUACAUGGAUCCACCCAUUACAUCAGUAAUAACCAAAACAAACAAGCUCCUGAAUGAACACAUCAGCUCAUUCUCGAUGAAUAGUAAUCCACGAUAGUAUAGUCGAAUAAAAAACCAUGGUUGGAAGAUGA